GACCUCAUUUUGCCGGUAACUUUAAGUAUCCCAAUAUAUACCGUGGACAUUCUCUUUACCAGCCAGCAUGACCUUAUCAAGGGACAGAAGCCUUUCUCAUCCGUUUCAUCUCCAUGUUCACCAGAACGCUUGCUCUCUUAGCUCUUAUUUCUGAGGCUUUGGCUUCACAAGUACCUUUGACACCAUCUCUCAACGUGAACGCUUCUACAAGCAAGACCUGGACCUCGCAGUUCUUCACACCUCUGGAAUCCUUAUCUUAUGUGAAAGACUCGGGAUUCUCCGUCCUAGGUCAUCCAUUUUUCCCGAAACACAGUGUCAGAAUCAAGAAGAGCGACUUCUGCGAUUCUACUGUGAAUGCCUACACUGGAUACAUUGACAUCGAAGCCAGACAUCUAUUUUUCUACUUCUUUGAAAGCAGGAGUGACCCAGAUAAAGACGAUGUAAUCUUCUGGACAAACGGAGGUCCGGGGUGUUCGUCCUCACUUGGACUUUUUAUGGAACUUGGUCCGUGCAGAGUUUUGGACGACGAUGGUCCAAAAUUCCAUCCCGAAUCAUGGAACACGAAUGCCAACGUAUUCUUCAUCGACCAACCUAUCGGUGUCGGGUUUUCCUACGCCGAAUAUGGAGAGUCUGUCAGUACUACAGAGGAAGCCGCGAAAGACGUUGCUGCAUUCGUUGCUAUUUUUUUCGAGAACUUUUCUAGAUUUAAGGGGCGAGGCUUCCACAUGGCCGGCGAGUCUUAUGGAGGUCGUUACCUUCCCCUGUUCGCCUCCGCUGUGUAUGACCAGAACUCUGCUCUCAUUGAAGCUGGAAUCACUCCCAUCAAUCUCACCUCAGUGAUGAUUGGAAACGGGAUGACAGACUUCUACACAAUGGUUACUUCGUACUAUGACAUGACUUGCACCGCGGCGUCAGUUGAUCCUAUUCUUGAUAUCGGCACUUGUGUGACCAUGAAGAAAGUUAUACCUCGAUGCCAAAAAUGGUUGCGUGAGUCCUGUGUCGACCAGUAUGACACUAUCAAUUGUGGUGCAGCUUCGAACUUUUGUAAUACUAUGCUGUACUCUCCCUUUGAGGCUACCGGUAUGAAUCCGUACGAUAUCAGUGUUCCAUGUAACGGAAGCAUUGAGGAAACACUUUGUUACCCAGUCACUGUUUCCAUUAGCAACUUCCUGUCCCAACCUCCCAUCCGUGCUCAAUUAGGUGUCGACACACACCCAGAGAUUCCAGUCAACUUCAGCGCCUGCAAUCCUAAUGUUGGCGCUGCGUUCGAUGGGACGCAAGAUAUCCUUCAUUCCAGUCGGGAUUAUGUGGCGGCACUGUUGGAGCGUGAGGUAAGGGUGUUAAUCUACGUGGGCUCGUAUGACUGGAUAUGUAACUGGGUCGGUAAUGAGCAAUGGUCUAGGGAAUUGGAAUGGAGCGGUCAAGAAGAGUUUGCUUCACAGGAAUUGAGGGAGUGGACACUUGCUGGUAAGAAGGCCGGUAUUACCAGGAGUGCGAGGGGAGGCUUGUUCACGUUUGCGACGGUUCAAGGGGCUGGACAUAUGGUUCCGUAUAAUAAACCAAAAGAGGCGUUAGCGCUCGUGCAGCGAUGGAUAGCAAGAGAAGAACUAUAACUGUUCAUAUCACGAGCCUAGACAUUCUGAACAUCUUCCUUUUAUGAAUGAAGAGUGUUGAUAAAAGAUUCCAUGUACUUUUGCAACGUAUUAAUAUCAAGUUCCUUACAAGCAAA